AUGUAUAAGAACGUCAAUGUUAACACAAUACUAGAUUAUUCUGAAGAUGGAGAAGACAUUCCUGAGUGUAGUAGUGACAAUGCACAAACUGUAUCUACUGAUUGUCGGCCAAUCUAUGGCGAUGGGGCUUCAAAGGGAGGGUGCACUGCUUCUCAGACAAUCUAUAGUAGUGAGAGGACAGUAUCUGCUGCUUCUCAGUCCAUCUAUGGGAACGAGACUGAGGAGGCAAUGUCUGCUGCUUCUCAGUCCAUCUAUGGGAACGAGACUGAGGAGGCAAUGUCUGCUGCUUCUCAUUCCAUAUAUGGGAACGAGAAUGAGGAGGCAAUGUCUGCUGCUUCCCAGCUCAUAUAUGGGAACGUGAAUGAGGAGGCAAUGUCUGCUGCUUCUCAGUCCAUAUAUAGGAACGUGAAUGAGGAGGCAAUGUCUGCUGCUUCUCAGUCCAUAUAUGGGAACGAGAACGAGGAGGCAAUGUCUGCUGCUUCAAAGUCCACCUAUGGGAACGAGACUGAGGAGGCAAUGUCUGCUGCUUCUCAGUCCAUCUAUGGGAACGAGAAUGAGGAGGCAAUGUCUGCUGCUUCUCAGUCCAUCUAUAAUAAUGAGAAUGACAAAGUAGUUACAAGUGCCAAACUCUAUAGCGCCAAAACAAAUCUGUGA